AUUCAGAGUUCAAUGGAGACUGUCAUAACAACUUUAGAUCCUGGAAUGCGACAAAUAAUCUGUGAGUAUGCAUUUGAACUUAACAAAAAUAACAAUUUAAGAAGGGUUCUUUGCUAUCAACCUGGGGUCCUGGACCCCUUGGGAGGUCCAUGAAAAGUUGUCAGUACUGCUUUUCCUUUGAAAUUAUUGUAUUAUAUGCAUUAAAGCUAUAUUCUAAGAAAGGGUCUGUAGCAUUUGCCUGACUGACAAAGGUAUUCAUGGGGGAAAAAGGCUAAUUACUCUGAUUUAAGAUGAAUUAGCAAAGAGUUUUUUCCAGCAGGCUUUAAAAGCAAUAUUAUAAUUUUAUUUAUUAAAUCAAUAUGUAUUUGAAUGAGACAUGAUAAUAUGAGAUAUAAUUCAUAUUAACAAAUCGUACAUAAUUUUUGUUGUCAAACUUUGUAUUUUCAGUUUCUGGUGGAGAUAUUUCAAUAACUUGAAUUUGAACCAAAACUUCCACCAAGGAAAAUAAAUUGAUUCCUGUGAGAGAUGCGUUUCAGAAAGUUUUUGGUAAAGCAACAAUUUCAGGAAAGGUUUGUAUUGGAAGGUUUAAAAUAUGACAUAAAGCUGCUGUAUUUCUUUAUCAUUGUUUAAAUAGUUUUUAUUUUAUUUAUCCCUUAAUCAUUUAUGAAUUGAGAACGUAUCACACUUUUUAAAAAAUUGUUGGCUGACAACACAAUAGGGCCUAAGCUAAUUAUAGAAAAAUAUUUAAAUGCAUUUUAAUAUUGUACAGUUUGAGUAAAUGUUAGUGCUUCUUUUCUGUUUUAAAUUUGAUCCAUUUAAGUAUUUAUUAAAAACAUGGAUGCCACUCACUGAAAGCUGUGAACUCUGAAAUCCCUUUCUAAAAAUUUGUUGAAACCUGAAUCUUUUACCAUUUUUCAAACCCUUAAACUUAACGAAACUCAUAAAAUUCAUACACUGCAGAAAGUAGCUUGACACAGCAAGAAGCGAGGUGCUUGCAAAUGAAAGCGAGAGGUUUGCAAACAAAAGCAAGAGGUUACAGUACCUGUUCUAUUUAUAGCGAACCUCACGCAUUCUUACACAUUAAAUUUUUUUUUAAAACCCAGACUCUCCGUAUUUGAAUAAACUGAACUGGCAAAUCCAGAGCCAGAGAUAAAAACUGACAAAAUAUUUAGCCUCGCGAAUCUGGAAUUCCAGGAUAAUCCGGAAAAGUGGCACCCCUGAUUAAAACCUAAUACAGGUGCAAAUUAUUAUUUUUUUUUUGCUUCUUUUAGGACAGCCAAGCAAAAACUGCUGCACAGCCAGUUGGUUUUACUGCAGGCUUGAAAGGAGCUGAGGACAGAAUUGCUAAUCUACGCAACAGCGGCGAAGUUUCUGAAAACCAGACAAUUGUUGCAGUAGAGGGCUUUAUUGUGGAGAUUAUACCAGACAGGUUUGCUCUAUAGCAACUUAUCAAUAUGUUAGCUAACCUAAAAAAUAAGCUCUUUUGAUUUAAAUCUUUUUAUAUUUAACUUGUAAAAAUAUUAAUAAUUGUGAUUCAAUAUGGCAUUCCUUAAAAUGUAGAUGGUAUGAACUGAGCUGUUUGGCUCUGAAAGAUCCCACACAUGGUAUUGAGUUGCAGAUGUUCUCUCAACCAACACCAAUUGCUACAGAGUAUAUGAUGACAGCACAGGAAAAAACUCUGUCAGAUUACCCUCUAAGGUAAAUUUGAAAACCUUUACUUAUAAAGCACGUGAAUUGAUUUAAUGUUUAUGACCUGAAUUGGAUCAUCUAUUUCAUAGAUUUGAAGAAAAAAUGUCAGAAUAAUAAAACAAAUUGUUUACCUCUAUUGGGUACAUUUAUUUCACAGUAGAUAAAUGAAGGAUAACGAGAUGAUCUUUUCCUUUGCUUGCUUUUUACCAAUAUGACUUACAUUUUAAAAUAUAUUAAAUAAGUUUAUUAGUUGUUUGAUUUUUCUUAUCACCAUGAUUGAUUUUUGCUAGCCUUAAAAUCACAUUUCCUUAUUCAGAUGGGCUGGUCUGUCUGUCACAAUUGGGGAAGCAAUAGAAGCAGCCCAACCUCACAUUGGUCAUGCAGAUUGGCAGAUGGUUCUAUCAGGGGUCUCAAGGCGUCAGUCCUUAUCCUUGGCUGCUCAGAGCCUGGCCUACAUGUAUAAGCAGCAACUACCCACAUCUUUUGUCUUAUGA